CCAAACGGAUAGCCUGUGGUGAAAUUAGGAGAAGAAGGAGGAGGAGAAGCGUUCAACUUCUCAUACUUUUUUUUUUUUUACUACUCUUGUAUUGAUACUGUUGUGGAUGUAUAUCACGACGAUAAAGGAAAGUAUAAUUAGCCAUUCGGUGUCUGGUUUCCUGACAACAGGUGAAGACAGCACGGAGAGGUCGGUAGGAAUGAUCUGUAGCAGGGAGAGGUUGUGGAGGCCUCAUCAGUAGCUGUCAUCACGGCGGGGGACCUUCGGACCUCUGUCUGCAGGGUGGUCAUCUACCUCCAAAAGGACAUGUCUGGAGACAGCUGUCUGCCCCAGCAUCAUACCCAGUCUGACUCCACCUCUCCAGCCCCUCAUCUGGCAUGUCCCAAGACCAAGACCUGCAGUUAUCGAGGAGCAGUUGGCCUGGGCAACAAGUAUGUCCGGCUUAAUGUUGGCGGGACCCUGUUUUACACCACACUGCAAAUACUGACCAGGCAGAACUCCAUGCUGAAAGCCAUGUUCAGCGGAAAGAAGGAAGUGUUCACUGAUAAAGAGGGUUGGAUCCUGAUUGACCGCAGUGGGAAACACUUUGGCAGCAUUCUGUGCUACCUGCGUGAUGGCACAGUAACCUUACCCAAAGGCCGUCAGGCUGUCCAGGAGCUCCUGGCCGAGGCAAAGUAUUACCUCAUCCAGGGCCUGAUAGAGCUUUGUCAAAACACCCUGCAGGGCAAUCAAGAGCAGCCCCUGUGUGUUAUACCUGUGGUCACCUCCAGUAAGGAAGAGGAGAGGCUCAUCCAGUCUUCUACCAAGCCUGUGGUGAAGCUUGUGUACAACAGAAGCAAUAACAAGUACUCCUACACCAGUAACUCAGACGACAACCUGUUGAAGAACAUUGAGCUGUUUGACCGGCUGUCUCUCAGCUUCAAUGGCCGCGUCCUUUUCAUCAAAGACGUGAUCGGAGAUGAGAUCUGCUGCUGGUCCUUUUAUGGUCAGGGGCGCAAACUGGCUGAGGUGUGCUGCACCUCCAUUGUCUAUGCCACAGAGAAGAAACAGACCAAGGUGGAGUUUCCUGAAGCUCGUAUCUAUGAGGAGACUCUGAACACCUUGCUGUAUGAGACAAUGCCACUGCCUGACAACUCUCUGCUGGAGGCCACUCGCAGAAGCUAUAACAACUGUGGCUCUCACAGUGAGGAAGAGGAGGGGCCCGGGGGAGCCGAGCUUCGUGAGCGUGUUCGUCGAAUCCACGUGAAGAGGUACAGCACGUAUGACGACCGGCCGCUGGGACACUGAGACUGAGAGCCCAAUCUGCUGGACUGAUUUUAGCUUUUCACAUUGAUGAUGAACAUUCAAACAUGAAGUAUGUCAGUGCUCAUACCAUAUGUUCCUAUUCUGACAUUUGUAUUAUCUUAGUGUUUCCACCACUUUCUAAAAGAAGUCAAAAUUAUGAGCUUGACGUAAUUACAUCUAACUUUUUACUCUAGAUUGUUGUGGUGUUGUCUGCUCAUAAUUAAGAAUUUUUAUCAGAGGAUUCAAAGCAGCUACUUCAAACAUCUGGAGAACUCUAGGGUUUUUUUUAUUCAAUUUAGUUUAGUAGUGGAGAAAAAAUCACUAAUAUGCACUAUUUCUUAGAUGAAAUAUUAUUCCAAUCAAGGCACUUACACUCUGAUUCAGCAGGAGAGCAUGUUUCAUAUUUAUAGAUUGUAUUUUUCAUAUUUGCAUUUAUAACAUUUACAACAGCCUUUUGUUUGCCAAAGAUGAACCUGUUUUAGUUGUACCAAAAUUGCCUCUAACACAUUUUAAUGCAGUUUACCAUAAUGCCCUUUUCCAGUUGUUAAGAUAAACGUUCUUGUUAUUCAACUACUAUUUGUCUAUGCUUAGUUUUUAGUAGGCAGUUUGAACUCAACUAUCAGGAGACAAAAGUAAUGCUCUGAUGUACAGCUCACUUCAGAGAACCAGUGAUGUCUGGAGUCAGAAACACUCACUGAGCAGCUGCUUUGUCAGAAAUACAACAGAGGAGCAACUGGUAUAUCAGUUUACAGUGCAAUCAAACAAACUUCCCUUGUUUUAAUAAAGCAGUCACCCUAUAA